AUGCCUAGAAGUAGCGACAUCGUAGUCCCCACGAAAGGCAAUAUGAAGUCCAAUGACAGAGCCCCCCCAAGAAGACAUACCUACGCUGCAAGCGACAAGAAUGUUCUAGACGAUCUAUUCGCCUUCUCCAUGCAUGCAACAACAGAGUUUUACGACGACGUUCUGGCAUCUCCAACACCGAACGACAUGUAUACUGAUGAUUUUUACGAUGAUGAUACGGCUCAUUACAGUGCCAUAGGCUCUUUGCCUUUGCUGUCAUUGGAUGAGGAUCAGGAGGUAGAUGCUAAUAGUGCAACAACAAGCAGCAGCAGCAGCAGACGAAAAUCUCUAUCACGAUCCAAGAGCAAGAAAUUGAAAAAGAGAAAGAGCAGCAAACGACUCAGUUCAGACUCUAUUUCGAGUAAGAAGAGCACAAGCUCCGAAGGCAAGAGCAAAACCAAAAGCAGUAAAUCCAAGAAGAGCAGCAAGACUCCCGAAACGAAGAGUGUCGCUGCAAUGCUCAAGAAGUUGGAAGAGUACGAGGAAACUCUCAAGGAGGAACGCCGUCUACUCCAAAAGGAGAGAGAUGAAAUUGCGUCUGAGCGCGAGACUUUGAAAUUAAAGUCAUGUGAGCUUGAAUCGAGGCUCGAUGAACUUGAAGACAAUGGCGGCAUGAUGUCCCCUCGUUCACGACAUGACAUCAACGAUGAUGCAAUUCGUAUCGAGAACAGAAUUCUGCAACGAAGACUUCAGAGGCAAGAUGAAAUCAUUCUACAACUAUCGAACUUGGAAGGGGGAAGCCAAGCGGUGGUCGAACAAGAGAAGAAUUCAGAUGAGAUUUUGCGAUUGGAGAAGGAAUUGUCUCAGGCGAAAGAUCUUAUUUCCAAGAACGAGAAAAUCAUCAAGGGUCAAAAGCUGACCAUUGAUAGGAUGAACAAGGAAUCGUUCUCGAAAAGUUACAGUAUGAUCUUCCCAACCAAAAAGAAGGACGAUGAUACAGUGGCCACUUUGCCAUUCGAGGAUUCCUUCAGCUCGCUGGACGAUUCCUCUAGCUCAUUACGAUUUAGCAGUGACAAGAAGGAAACACGCAAGUCAUCAAGCUCCAAGAAUGAUCGAAUCAAGAACUUGAUCAAGCUUCAGAGGCACAACUCGUCUCGAGAAAGAUUUCGCAAUCGAAUCAUGACUCCAGAAGAAGCGGCACUAUCACAUCUUCUGGACCCCUUGUAA